AUGGCGGCCGCCCACGCAAGCCGGCUUCAAGAAGCCCAGAAGCUGGCCAAGUCGGAUCCGCGCAAGGCCGAGUCCAUCUACAAGGAAAUCAUAUCCAAGGCUCCCGCGGCCACCUCCGACGCCGCCACGCGCGAGUAUGAAUCCGCACUCAUCAGCCUGGGCGAGCUGUAUCGACAUGACAAGAAACCGCAGCAGCUGGUGGAUCUUAUCCGCGAAAGCCGCUCCGUCUUUUCGUCCUUUGCCAAGGCCAAGUCGUCGAAGCUGGUCCGGCAAUUGCUCGAUCUGUUCGCCGAGGUGCCCAAUAGCACCGACGUCGAAAUCUACAUCACCAAGGACUGCAUCGAGUGGGCCACCGCCGAGCGCCGCGCCUUCCAGCGCCAGGACCUCGAGGUCCGCCUCGUCGCCCUCUACAUGACCAAGCAGGCGUACUACGACGCGCUCACCCUCAUAAACGGCCUCCUCCGCGAGCUGAAGCGGCUCGACGACAAGCUCCGCCUGGUCGAGGUGCAGCUCCUCGAGUCGAGGGUCUACCACGCCCUCGGCAACAUCCCCAAGGCGCGCGCCGCCCUCACCACGGCCCGGACGAGCGCUGCCAGCGUCUACACGCCGCCCCCGCUGCAGGCCAACCUCGACAUGCAGAGCGGCAUGCUCCACGCCGAGGACAAGGACUUCAACACGGCCUUCUCGUACUUUAUCGAGGCGCUCGACGGCUACCACAGCCUCGACGACGGCGCCAAGGCCCAGGCCGCCCUGCAGUACAUGCUCCUCUGCAAGAUCAUGCUCAACCUGGCCGACGACGUGAACCAGCUCAUGGCGUCGAAGCAGGCCGUCAAGUAUGCCGGCAAGAACCUCGAGGCCAUGAAGGCCAUUGCCCGCGCCCACUCCAACCGCUCGCUGGAGGAGUACGAGCGCGCCCUCUCCGCCUACCGGUACGAGCUCGGCAGCGACGCCUUUAUCCGCAACCACCUGCGCCGGCUGUACGACGCCAUGCUGGAGCAGAAUCUCAUCAAGGUCAUCGAGCCCUUCUCCCGCGUCGAAAUCGACCACAUUGCCAAGAUGGUCGGCCUCGACACCCAGCAGGUUGAGCGGAAGCUGUCCCAGAUGAUUCUCGACAAGGUCAUCAUCGGCGUGCUCGACCAGGGCGCAGGCUGCCUCAUCAUUUACGACGAGACGCAGCGCGACGAGUCGUACGACUCGGCGCUGGCCACCAUUGAGAAGCUGAGCAGUGUGGUGGAUGUGCUGUAUACGAACCAGGCGUCUAUGCUGGAGUAG